AUGGAAGAGAAGCAGCAGGAAAAGCCAGGGAAGCCCUCCGAGGCAAAGCACCGUCAGAAUGGCCAAGAUCCGAGUUCAGAGACUUCUACUUCUGCUUCCAUGGCCGGGAGGAUCCAGUCAUCUGCGGCAGGGCUGUUGAGAUCAGCCAUCUCACCCCCUUCGUCAGCACCAUCCGGCUCGUACGCCUUUGCAAGGGAUGUCUCUUCUUCUCUGGCAAGUGUCUCUAGCUCCGACAAGGGUGCCGCUUCAUCAGCGUCUACGUCUACUUCAGCCACUGGCCCAGCGGGCGUGGUAGACGGUGGCUUUACCCAUAGAUCGACGGCCUUGUCAGGCUUUCGAUCUCAACGGCCCCCGCCAGAGAUGCAGUCUCGUUCGGAACGGGAGUUCCAUCUGGGCGGCUUGGUCGGUGACGGUGAGGGCGGGAUGUACGACGUCUCGGCCUCCAAGGGGAAAGCAAGACAGGAGGGGGGAGAAGAGAGGUUCGAUUCUGUCUGGAAGGCUGCUGCCAUGGAUACCACCGCCUCAACAGCGUCUCGAUCGUUUGCGGAACAGGAACGGAUGGACGGCCAGGCCGUGUCGGAUCUACUGUCUUCUGCAUCCUUUGAUCCGCUAUCUCACCCUGACGAGGAACUGGAACUGGAACCGGAACUGGAAACAGAGCCAGAUGCGGGCUUUCUUACGGCAGGCCGACAGCAGCCAUCGAUAUCGUCUACGUCUCUGAUACCAGAUAUCGAUUUUGUUCUUUCUUCCCUGCGCAAUGUCCCCGCGCAGUCGCAGGCAGAGCAUCUGCGCGACUUACCCGGUGUAGCAGAGUGGUUGGAUCUAAAUGCAGAAUAUCACGACGUCGUAUGGGGCCAUCUGAAGCCGUGUGUGGAAGAGGCGAGGCGGGAGGUGCAGGAGAGAUCAGAGAAGGGGGAGCAGGCCUUGGGCGACGGGCCUGCCGUGGCGAGGCUGAGGAUGGUGUUGGCACACAUAAAGGAGAGGAAGAUGCCGUAG